UACAUUCAAUUCAAAAGCACAAUACUUGUUUCUCUUCCUGACAUCACAAAAUGCAAAGGAGCUCUCACCACUACAAACAUAACAUUGGAGAAAGGCUACAGAUUCUCAGUGUACAAAGCAAGACAGAGGGAACAAAUCGUGGUCUUAGGCGCAGUUGUAUGGUCUCCUCAUCAUCCCCUAGGCCUCGAGUGCAGGCAUGCACCUGCACGAAUCGUCCCAGGCUGAAUCGCUGUAGCCCGCACGGGUAUGCAGUGCCGGGGGCUGAGAAGUGGAGGAGGAACAAUGCAAACAAGGAGGUGUUAAGGAGGGCGUUGGGAUCUACACCAAACCGAAGCUUAAGUCUUCGGUGGUGGAAUUUCCAACCAACGCCUAGUCGGCUCUCUAACAUGUCUAUGGCUUAAAGGAGGAGCUAGCUGCAAAAAAAAUUCAUGUUUUUGUACGUACGUAAAAAAGAUUGGGCUUGUAAUUUAUUUCUGUUAUUCUUUAGAGGAUAUUAUUCACCAAUCUGUGAUUUUGACCGUGAAAGAUUCUUGUCUAUCC